AUGACGAUAUCUUCCACCUCCUCCCGGCACGACGCUCUGCACCCACUCGCUUCCUCAUCUCAGCACCCAACUACAACCGCAGCCACGGCCACCACUAGCAGCAGCGCCAGUCGAAGCAGCAGUCGACUUGCACAACGUAGAGCUUCUGCCUAUUCCGAUCAGUCUUUCUACUCAGCUCCUGACUAUCGCAGGCGGAAACAUCCUCGUGUUGCACUCCAUCCAGAAGAUCAACCUGCUUCCUUCAGCUUUGUCUGCCUCGGCACUGGUGGUGGUCCUCUCGAAGCCGAUUGCUCCUGCUACCUCCUCAAACCAGCAGAUGCCCAUUGGCAAGAUGGAUCUAUCGUCGUCGAAGGCGGUUCUUGGCUUGGUGCGCUCACCGACGUUCUGGAGCAACAUGGUCCCGACUCGGCUUUCCACGAUUUCGAGUUCCCUUCCACCACGCCUUCCGCCUACCUUCGUGCCGGUCUCAUGGCUUCCUUCUCCCGAGCCUUUUUGAUAUCCCACGCCCAUCUCGAUCACAUUCUCGGCCUUGUGCUCGGAUCGGCUUCAUUGCCUGGCAAGAGGGCCGUCUUUGGUUUGAAGCCAACGCUCGAAAACAUCCUCGAUAUGUUCAAUGGCAAGAUCUGGCCCAAGCUGGCAUCCUGGAAGGAAGACGAGCCCCACACCAUGUAUCACAUGCGCAGCCUCGACAACCAGCGAUCUUUCUCGGUUAGCGAGACGUUGAGUGUGCUGCCAUUUGCGCUUUCCCAUGGUCUCAACCCUUCCGAACCGCCAGCCCCGCCCACGCCAACCUAUGCACCAGCUCAACUCAACCAGAACUACUUCAGUAAGAGAAUGUCGUUGCCCAUCAGUACGCAGAUGGCUUCUUCCUCACUCUCGCGAUGCUCCGAUCGCACUCUUGAGAGCAUCUCACAAGCAGGUGAAUCCAACAUGGCAGCGCUUCGUCGACCCUCGUUCAACAACAGUCCCUUCAGCAGCGCAAACAACAGCACCAACAACAGCACCAACAACAGCACCAACAACAGCACCAACAACAGCACCAACAACAGCACCAACAACAGCACCAACAACAGCACCAACAACAGCACCAACAACAGCACCAACAACAGCACCAACAACAGCACCAACAACAGCACCAACAACAGCACCAACACCAGCAGUCACGGCUACAAUACCAGAAUUGCGUCGUUGAAUCCACUCGAUGCAUCAGGUCUCAAACCUGGCGAACCAGUCUCGCCUCGAGCCUCACCUGCGAAUGCGAGUGCAGCUGCAAACACUACUUCAGCGUCGUCGUCUUCAAGACCCUGGUCUUCGGUGGCGAUGCUGCCUUCGACAAGUGAUGGUCCAGGCAUUCCAACACGCACAUUGGGGGACUCAGAGCAAGCUUCAAUGCAGCAACCGGCCAACAAGUGGCCCGAGAGACCUUUGAAAGCCCGUCGACCUCGCACAGCACAAGGUUCCGAACGACGUUCUUCGCCUCCUUCCGCUUGGUGUCCUCCCGGCUCUUCCUCCGGUGCUAGCAGCAGUGGCACCGCCAACCCUCCCUCAUCCUCCUCCACAGCAGCCCCUUCUCACACACGACAACCACCUCGUCGAGUCUCGAUUGACCGUUCACCGCCUCCCCUCGAUUCCACUGCUUUCUUCAUCACUCACAAAGGUCACGACAAAGAUGUUCUGUUUUUUGGCGAUGUUGAACCGGACUGCGUUUCAAAGUCGCCGCGGAAUCGACAGGUUUGGAGUCACGCAGCUGAGCGAUUUGCCGAAGGAAAGCUGCAUGCGAUCUUUUUAGAGUGUAGUUUCCCUAAGAACCAUCCGACAGAGUUGCUCUACGGGCAUUUGUCGGUCGAGCAUCUGUUCGAUGAGCUCAGGGUGCUAGCGCAAAUGGUCAAGAGGUAUAGGGAAAAGAUGAGACGUGGGUCCAAUGCUUCUUCUCGGUCUACAGGUCAUAAUAGCACCAGUACGAGUCAUAACGGCGGUGGUGCUGGUUCAACUGGUAAACCUAACGGAGAUGCAAGAUUCACACAUCCACACCUAGCGCCCUCCCCGUUGGGCACAGCAGCAGUUUCAACUCGUCAACCCGAACAAACCGAUAUUCUAGGGGGCAACGUUUACGACCAAGACUCCGAACUUGGCGGCCAGUUAGCUGGAUUGGGAGUUAUCGUCAUCCACGUCAAACCAGCUUUGUUUCCAAUGUUCGUCCAACAUCCAGACCCAGAAGUUUCCGGUAGAUCCGUUCCAGGUACACCUACUUCAGCUACUUCAAGUACUAACGUAGCUGCUCACGGCGAGGAAGAACGAGAAUUGGAGAUGGAUGCAGAGCCGAAGCUGGAUACAAGAACAGCUCCACAAAAGAUUCUGGACGAGCUUUGUGAGGAGGAAGAAAGUGCCGGGUUGGGAGUUAGAUUUGUUAUGGCUGAGAAAGGGAUGCGUAUUGAGUGUUAA